AUGGAAGUGGCCCGGCCAUGUUUUGCGGCCUUCAAGGAUGAGCAGCUGAAGCAACAGCUGGCAGACAAGGAGCGGAAGUCCAGGUAUCGGGAUUGCCUCAAGCAGCAGGUGCAGGAGCAUGAGCGCGCCAAGGAGAGAGAGCAAGAAGAAAAAGUGAGAGCGCGGGUUCGUGCGGACAAGGAUCAGGAGUUUUCGAAGAUAGAGGCGAAGGUGGCUGCUCAGCGGAGGCAGGAGCAGAUGAUCCGCCUGAAGGACGACAUCAUGAGCCAGGUCGAAACUUCACGCAGCAGGAAGCAGGAAGAAUUGGUCUCCGACGUGUCUCGUGCGCAGGAGGAGAAUGAGAAGGCACUCCGGUCCCUGGAGGAAGACAAGCAGAAGGUGCUCAAGAGAAAGGAGGCACGGCGUCUCAUCGACCAAAAGCAGGCAGACCUCUGGGCCACGGAGAGGCAACUCCAGCUGGAGCAGAAGCAAGAGGAUGUCAAGAGGAGGACGGAAGAGAAGCGGAGGAAGGAAGCGGAGAUGGAACGCGAGCGCCAGGAAAAAGCAGAGCUCAAGGAGCAGGCUGCCACUGCAAGGGCCUUGUUCUUCGAGAGGCUGCAUCAGCAGCAAAGCAAGGAGGGCGCUCGCACCGAGCGCCUCACAAAGCGAAACGAGCGCCUCGUGAUCGAGCAGCAGGUUGUGCCAGCAGGGCUGAAAGGGCACAGCUAG